AUGACUGUUGGCUGCUUGAAUGAACAAAGAAGUAAGGAGGCAUCCAUCGUUCUUUCGCUGUGUUUCUCCUCGUCUGGUUUAGCAGCUGUAACAGGAAACGCAGUUGUGUUAUGGUUGUUCUUCAGAAAUGAGUCUUUACGUACAAUUUCCAACCGAUUCCUAGCCUCGUUGUCUGUAGCAGACUUUUUAGUUGGACUUGUAAUAGACCCUAUUUGGAUCACCUUUAGAUGUCUGAUCCAGCCGUCAAAUGUGACCCAAGCCGCCUUGAAUAAGUUUAUGGACAUGUUGUGGAUUCACACUACCGCUGCUACAACGCUUAACCUAUGCUGUGUUUCCGUGGAUCGCUUCAUAGCCAUUCGGUUUCCUUUCCGUUAUCAGGACAUUUUAACCAAGAAGACAUGUCAUAGCCUCAUUGCCGUGGUGUGGUUUACAUCAUUGCUUCUUCCUUGUCCGGUCAUUUUUGUAAAUGCUGAAAACUUGUGGUUAUUCGUAUCGCUUGUCACAUUUUGCAUCCCCACAACUGUCAUGGCGGUAUGCUACUUUUGGAUUUUCAAGGCCGCAAGCAAUCAAGCCCGAAGAAUGACGGGGGGAAAUAAGCAUCGUGCGGACGAAAGACGAAGUACUUUUCCAAGCCGUAUAAUACAGAAUUUUAAAGCUAUCAAAACCAUAGGUUUCGUGUUGGGUGUCUUUGUCGUUUCUUGGAUGCCUUGCCUUGUCCUAUCCAUUGUGCACGAGUUUUCUGCGAGUAAUCCGUGCACCGAUGAAAAGUUGUAUAAUGUUGCAUGGCCAUGGAUUGAGGCAGUCGCGCUUUCAUCGUCAGCCAUCAACCCGUGGGUUUAUUUUUUCCGUAAUGGCGAAUUUCGUCAGGCUUUGCAUCGCAGUAUUCGAAGGUAA